CAAUUGCAUGAACUACUUUUUGUGGCUACACCACUGAACAUAUCUGGUCGCGUAUAGCUGGCAAGGACUCCUCCUAACGUGAGAGAGUGAGUGGAGGAGAGAGAGGGAGAGAGAGAGUGAAGAGAGAACAGUUGGCGAACAGCGGGAGAGGGCGGGCUAAAGGGAAAAAAAUCUUACAGGGGACUACGCAUAAACUAUAAGUAAAAUAAACACAGCACGCCACAACGUUCACAAUAUUGGACUUUUAUCAUCUGCACCGCUUGCUGUCGACAAUCGCAUCCGAGCGGGAAUGGAUCUACCUGCCGUCGGCGAACACGUCUUCGCUGUGGAGGGAAUCGAGAAGAAGCGCAUACGGAGGGGCAGAAUCGAGUACCUGGUGAAAUGGAGAGGAUGGUCCCCAAAAUACAACACGUGGGAACCGGAGGAAAACAUUCUUGAUCCCCGGCUUCUGGUGGCAUUUCAAAACAGAGAGAGGCAUGAGCAGCUGUUAGGAUACCGCAAACGAGGACCCAAGCCAAAACAUCUGUUAGUCCAGCUCCCUGCAUUUGCCAGAAGAUCCAGCAUCCUCGCCAACCUUCAGGAUUCACCCCAAGAUGAGGAAAACCAAAUCAAGCUAGACUCUGUUCCCUUGCACCGCUCCCAACCCCAGCAGUACCAGCUGAACAGCAAGAAGCACCACCAAUACCUGCCUAACUGUCAAGAGGCCUCAGCAGAGCCUCAGAUACAUGGCAAAAAGAAAUACUUCUACCAGCUCAAUAGCAAAAAACACCAUCAUUACCAACCAGACCCUAAGAUGUAUGAUGUGCAGUUUGCUAAGGUGAAAGACACAAAACCUCAGGGCCCUCCGAGCUGGAGCCUGCCCCCGGCCCUGCAGCAGAAGUGGGUCCGGGACAAAGACACUGGUUGCCUGAGCAAGGUAAAAGAUCUCAUUGUGGAACCAAAGAAACCGUCAGCCAACACAAGCCAACCAGAGCAGAGGCCCAACACAAGCCCAAAAGAAGGCAGCCUCCCCAGUGCCGUCAGCAGCAAGAUGAAGAUAAUCAAGAACAAAAACAAGAAUGGCAGAAUAAUUAUUGUCAUGAGUAAGUACAUGGACAGCAAUGUGACAUCAACGGACUUGGCCAAUGGAGACCCUUCAAGGUCUCCCCAUCAGGGUAGAGAACCUGAGACCAGCAGCACAGACCACUACCCAGAGCAGGCCAAGGUCACAAGCCACAUAAACCAGCAGGCCAAGGUCACGAGCCACCUAAACCAGGAAAACGGCAUAGCAGAAAAGGACACUAGAGGUCACACUCUGGAUAAUAAAAAGGCAAGGUCCUUCAAAGAGCACAGAUUCCCAAAGGAAAAGAUAACUGUUGAGGAGCAUUGCAGAAUGGAUACUUCUGAGGGUCAGUUCAAUACCAAAGUCGAUCAACCCUUACAGCUUACAAAUAAACCCACCUCUGCGUCAGGUGCCCCACUGGAGGUAAGCAGAUGCCAUUCAAUCCCAAAUGAUCGGAAGCGGACCUUAUCGGAGCCUGAGCGUGGGUCAGACUGUAAAAGAUUCCUGUGCUCAAGGAGCACGAGUGCCCCCGGUGCAAUGUCCUCUCCUUACCAGAGUGAACCCAUGAACCUACACCUUGGUGACCAGUGUAUGAGGAACGGUUCUAGUGAGUUCACCGACACCAACCCUGAGGAACCCAUUGAUCUGAGCUUUUGGAAGUCUCCAAAACAGACAGAGCCAUCUGUGGAAACUCCUACCUCUGAGCAACAGUCAGUUGAGACUCCAAAGAGGCCAGAGGAACCUGUGACCCAUUUCAAACCAUUUCAGGGCAACAUUGUCAUCACUGAUAUCACCACAAACUGCCUCACCGUGACUUUUAAGGAAUAUGUUUCCAUCUAGAUGAUCUGACAGUCAGUGAGAAUACAGCACUGUGGAGUUUUCUUUCUUUUCUGUAAAUAUGUAAAGCAUGUACAAAAAAGGCUCAUAUGUACGUAUAACCUAUGAUGUAUAAACACGUUGCUGCUAGAUGCAGAAUCAGAGGAGUGUCCUCAUUUUGAGUGUUUAAUAUGGUUGUAUAUGACUGUUGAAACAUGUACUUAAAGCUGCAUUGCUAAAGAUUCAAAGCACCUAAUUAUGGCAAUUAUGGUUUGAGUCAGUGAGCUACAUUGUAUUUUAAGGCUCACUGAAAAAAAGCACUUAUGUACCCAAGCUUACAAACAACAGUGGUAAAUAACGAUGCCUGUUGGAGAAAUAUGUCAGUACGAUUUAAAGUGAUCAUUUUUUACUCAGAGAGAAAUUUUGCAAAGCUAUUUUCUUGGUUCAGACAAACUUGAUUGGUAAUGAACUAAUACACAGAACAAUUAACCCACCACUUAUUUUAAAGUGGGGCCCUCAUGUUUGAGAUAUUGUGAAAUCAGCUGCAUAUUUUCCCACGCUCACCUGAGCUGUCUGCAACUCCUGUCAUCUAAUACUAAUGUCUUUUUCAUGUGAUAUCUGUCUGGGGCAUUUAAGACACUAGAUGGAGUGGUACCCCUUUCAAACGAUCAGCACAAGCUAACAAGUCCAUUGGAUUCCCAGGAACCAAUAGAACACAUAACAGUGUCAGGAAUAACCAUAUAAUGCAAAUCUGUCAACAAGCAUACUAUUUUUAUGAUCUGGUCUCCACAUAGGUAUUUCUCUAGCAUCAGGCUACAUACUUGCAAAACACAAGAGGAGG